CUCAGUGCAAAUUGCUCAUUUGUUAUUCGCACCUGUCACUGCCAGCGGUGUAAACCCUGUUCUCGAUCCCUUUCAUCCAGCUGUCACUUACCCGUCUCUGCCUAUUUAAACUCUUAAAUUACCCGUUCUCACUUCAUUACAGAUCAAAUCUUUCAAAUCUGUGUUCCGACUGCACUACGCCUCACUGAAAUGGCUGUUUUAGUUUCUGAAAAGAUUAUCAUUCACUUGCUGUUAACAUGUAUGGUGGCAUUUUCCACAGUGGAUGCCGCUGCUCGGCCCCUUUUUCACUGGAGAAAGUUGUCUGCUCUGGUAGAAGAAGAGCCUCUUGUUCUGAAGUACCACAAUGGUCCUCUGCUUACCACAACACCCAUUCUCAAUCUUCAUCUCAUCUGGUACGGCAAUUUCACUUCCGUGCAGCGUGCCAUUGUGAGCGAUUUUGUGCAGUCAUUGGGAAUGGAAAGCGGUAAGCAGGGUUCUCCCUCUGUUUUCACCUGGUGGAAGACAACAGAGGCCUACAGAGGCUCUGCCCCUUCCCAAUUAAACCAGGCUCAGCCUUUAACCCGAAGGCUUGGGAAGCAGAAGCUGGACGAAGCUUAUUCUCUCGGAAAGUCCUUGAAAAGAAGUGAUAUAGCUGUCCUGGUGAAGAGUGCUAUCCAGUCCGGAGCUCUGCCGCAGCCUGAGAAGAAGAAAAGCAAUGGCGAGGUAGAGUUGUACUUGGUGCUCACAUCUGAGGAUGUUAUGGUGGAGAACUUCUGCAGUAGCUCCUGCGGAUUCCAUGGAAGCGACAGAGCAGACAUUGAAUACGCAUAUGCGUGGGUGGGGAACUCAGCAACGCAGUGCCCCGGGCAGUGCGCGUGGCCAUUUCAUCAGCCCAUUUACGGCCCGCAGAGCCCUCCUCUGCUGCCCCCCAAUGGUGACGUGGGUAUUGACGGUAUGAUCAUCAACACUGCGGCGACCGUUGCGGGAGCAGUGACGAAUCCAUUCAAGUCGGGAUACUUCCAGGGAGACGCUGCUGCUCCGUUGGAGGCGGUCUCAGCGUGUCCGGGCAUGUAUGGAAGUGGGGCUUAUCCCAGUUACGCCGGGAAACUGCUGGUGGACGAGAUGACAGGUGCCAGUUACAACGCUCACGGCGUCAACGGACGCACGUUCCUUCUACCAGCGAUGUGGGAUCCCACCUCACGAUCCUGCAAGACCUUGGUCUGAAUCACCCAGAACAUUUUUCGAAAAUUGUUGUAUACGAUUCUUUUAUUCUUUUAUUAUUUAAAUCAAUAACCAAUUUUUCAUA